AUGCUGAACCAAGCAACACAGAAGCUCUCCAGGAUGCAUGCUAGACGGAAUCCGAACCUAUCCAUUCAAUCCACGGCGGCAUAUAGCCAGCUUACUCCACCGGUCCUCUCCGCGACUUCCGGUGCGUUUUUGUCUCCCAAUCUGGAUCGGAGAGGCUUGCUUUCACGAUCACCACCCGCUUCGCCCAGUCUUCCGUCUUUGAUCCCCCGCCAUGGGAAGAAGCAACCACAAACCAGCCACAACCGUCUGAUCAAGCGUGUUCUCAUCGGAGGUCUAGCAGUAAUAUUUCUACUCUGGCUGGUAGUCCGCCAACUGCAUGCAUCAGCACAGUCGUCAUCGAGCUACGAUGGAGAUGGAGAAGAGUGGGAAAUGGCAGGAGGAGCGCAAUUACCUCAGGAGCCAUCCGUCGUUGCUAUGGCUGACAGCACAGGGAAGAUGAGGUGGACUGUAUCGAUCCCCUCGAACUUUGACUUCCCGUUGCGACCGGCUCAGUAUCGCGAUAUAUGCCACCAGGCCGAAGAGGUGUCUAGAGAUAUGCGUCAGGAAGCGCGGACGUCUUCUGGCUUUGCGAAGCGUAUGCUCAACUACUAUCAGAAGGAUCAGUACUAUAUCGAUGUUCAAGAGGCGGAAGAGCAGGCACUGUUGCCGCCGUCGAAGGCGAGUGGAAGGCCAAAGGGAUUUGUGGCGGAUGAUAUGAUUGCGGAUGGGUUCUCAACUACCGGACUCAAGGUCUGUGGCAGGACUUUGACGUAUGUGUUGGAGACAGAGGAUGCAGGAUUUGGUAACUCCCUUAUGCGAUUGUGGAUGUCAUAUGGUCUAGCGAAAGCUGAGAACCGCACCUUCUUCAUCGAUGAUAGCCGAUGGCCAUACGGAAAGUAUCUGUCGUACUUCAUCAACCCCCCUACAGCAGGAUGCCUUCCUCCGCCCAAGUCGCACAUGGUCCCUUGCCCACACAACGCCCGACACAUCGUAGUCUCCGGAGCCACGGUCCAGUCAACAUUCGGUCAUGCCUUCACUGAAGAGUGGGAGGACGCCACCAAAAUGCGCGUCCAGCGCCAGCACAAGAUAUUCGACCUGCUGCGCACCGGCUACGAAGCGCUCUUCAAGCUCCGCACCGACGAUGCGAAGUACGUCUUGAACCGUGCCCUAGAACUGUACGGCGACAUCAAAUCAGAAGGCGGCAUCAGCAUCGGCAUGCAUGUCCGCCACGGCGACAAGCACCCCCUGGAAUACCAGUACCAGAAAGACUACAUCCCGCUGGAUCGCUACACCGACACCGCGCGCGAGAUUUACAUCGACUUGAUCGAGAACGCUGGCAAGAAGUCCAAGAAGCGCAGCGCAGACGCAGGCAACACACUUCUUGCACGCCACACUACCUCUAAGAUGGUCCUCGCCUCAGACGACCCCCUCGUCUACGAGUCCUCGGAAGUAGGCCCCAACUCAAUCCGCGCACAGGACCGCAUCGUUCUCGCUACUAAAGCCGCGCUCGAAGCUGCUCAGGGCAAGAAGAAUCCCUGGAUCGACGAGAUCACAGGGUGGGAAGGCGGGUUCUACCGCGAUGUGUUCUUCAGCCUCGGCCAGCCUGUUGGAAACGCGAAUGAUAUGCACAAACUCGACAACAACAAUGUUCCUGAGCAGGCGAUGAAACUCAGGGAAUUGGUGGGCCGGGCGUAUCUGCUUGAUCUGGCGGUGCUGAGUAAGGCUGAUACGAUGGUGUGCACGGUUAGCAGUAUUGGGUGUAGGUUGCUGGCUGUGAUGAUGGGGUGGGACAAGGCGAUUGUACAAGGGAAUUGGAGGAACAUCGAUGGGCCUGGGUCCUUCGACUGGAAAGGAAUCAUGUGGUAG